GUAGGCCGGAAGGAGAGGUCUCGUUGGAAAAAAAAAAACAACAACAACUUAAAACGGGCCAAGAAAAUAGAAGAGGAUUGAACACUUUACAGUUUACAUUAUGAAGCCGGAAUUUCAUUGAUUAUCAAAACCUGACAGAGACAAGAAAAGAAAUUACAAUCUAGGAGGGCAGGCGGGGACCACCCCAGAACAGACUGCUGGUGGUAUCAUGAUGACCUUUAACCCCUUGCCCCAAGAAUAUGAAAGUGAUGACAACUCUUAUGAAGUGUUGGAUAUAACUGAAUAUGCAAGAAGACACCACUGGUGGUAUCAAGUGUUUGGCCACAGUUCGGGACCUAUGGUAGAAAAAUACUCAGUAGCUACCCAGAUUGUAAUGGGUGGUGUGACUGGCUGGUGUGCAGGAUUUUUGUUCCAGAAGGUCGGAAAAUUUGCAGCAACUGCAUUAGGGGGUGGUUUUCUUCUGCUUCAGAUUGCCAGGUACAGUGGCUAUGUGCAAAUUGACUGGAAGAGAGUUGAAAAUGAUUUAAACAAAGCAACAAGGCAGAUUAAGAAACGAGCAAAUAAAGCAACACCUGAAAUCAGCAAUAUUAUCGAAGAAGCAACAGAAUGUAUCAAACAGAAUAUUGUGAUAUCCAGUGGAUUUCUGGGAGGCUUUUUGCUAGGCUUUGCAUUUUAAAGACAUGAAGGUUCUACCAAAGUAGAUUCAAAUAUGAGAAAAGAAGUUUAAGCCACAGGAUGCUCUCUUAAGAGUACAUGCCUCCAGAGUCCCCACAGCAGGGAGAAACAAUUAGCUGGACAAAACUGAACUUACAACUGAGCAGUUUGACAUCAGAAGCUUGGCAAACCAAUAACUGUGGUAAAACAACCUAUGUGGCAUGUGAAUAUAGUAUUCUAGAGCAAAACAUGGCUUCUAUCAUUAUUUUAAAAAUGGCAUCUUUUUAGAUACAAGCCUAUAAAUAUCACCAUGAGCUGUAGAUUUGUACAGAAAAAAAAAAUGUUGAACUUA